GCCGUCAAGAGAACCAGCUGCAGGUCAAGUCAUUAUUCCUGUCUCGGUGCUUGCAAAUCUUGAAGCUUCUCGUUUCAUCACUUGCUUGGCGGACUCGACCAUUCAAUUGGAGAUAUCUGAGUAUGAGACUAUAAUACUAUGGAGAGAGGUUUCUUCAAAACAAUGUCCUUUGUACAUUUAGCGAGGGAGAACUUUCCAGCAUCAAGGCAAGAGGUAUGUGGUUCAAGCUCGACGGCCCGACUUCUCGAUCGGAGCGACAACGACAAGUCUGAAAAUACGACCACACACACCACGGAAUCAUUUCGGCGAGAACUUGGAGGCUCCACACAGAAAACCAUCAGUGGCGAUCGAGCAGAUCGGAGUUUUCCCAUCAACAUGAGGUCACCUCCCUUCCCCGUGAUGAGUAACCACCAUCCAGCCGGGCCCUCUUCCAGCAUGUCCAAUCGCAAAGCGUCUACGGCUGGCCCGUUAUCAAACACUCAGAAGAAUCCGACCGCGCAAUCAUCUUCUUCUCCGAGCAAUGCAUCGAAUUCGCCGGGACCGGAGAACUUUAUUCUCGAAAUACACGAGAUUCCCAAAAUCCUCUCCCGUUCCGACUACUCUGACAUUGAAGACCAGCCCAUGCUGAGAGGUUUCGGCAGCCCGAUUCGACUCCCGAGUUUCCGCAACUACAGAUGAUCUCGUCAACAGGAUCAAGAUCCACCUCAGCCAAGGACAGUCUUCAACCAACCCUCCGCACCUCAGUCCAUUCAUCUCACUCUCACGUUCAGAGAGAGAUGUUGAGGACGAAAUUACUCAUCCUCACAAUCAUAAAAACGGAAA